AAUUUCGCGUGUACACGGGAAAAUAAGCACGAUGAAAGGAAAGAAAUUAAUAGUCGGUUAUAGUUAAGGUGUACGAUCGACCGCAUUAUCGAAAAAUAAAUAAUGCUGCGCACGCUCCUUAAAGGGAAGUUGAUUUUCAUAGUACCUGGCGGCUAACGCAAGUCAUAACAGAAUACUCCGAACGGGGGUUGUUCAGUGUCGUCUUGACAGUAGUUGAGAUUGGAGUUGAAUCUGUCUUUCUCAUAUUACACACAUACAUAUAUAUAUAUAUACAUAUAUUGUUGCACGUUGUCCAACAGAUAGUCUAUAUUAUUAUAUUUUAGACUACGUUCUACUACAGGUUCUAUUUGUGUUUUGCUUGUUAGAUUGAAAUCGCAAAUCGAUCGAAAUUAAAAAUCAAAAAAAAAAAAAAAACAAGAAAGGAAGCUAUCGAAAAGAAAAAAGCAAGCAACGAUCGAAACGAUAACAUCAAAAUAUCACGAAAAAUUUUCUUAAACUUGCGCUUCUUUUUUAAAUAGAAAAAUGGCUGAUCAUGAAAGAAUCAGAUUGGUGGUAUUAGGUGGUGCCGGUGUUGGGAAGAGCGCAAUUAUACGUCGUUUGCUCGGUCAAGGAUUCAGUGAAAGAUACAGACCUACGGUCGAAGAUCUCUAUACAAGGGAAUGCGUUCUCGGUACGCUUACCCUCAAAGUUGAUCUUUUGGAUACUGCAGGUGACUUACAAUUCCCAGCUAUGAGAAGAUUGAGUAUAGCUACGGCACAUGCGUUUCUUCUUGUCUAUGCUACAACAUCUUUACCUAGUUUCGAAUGCAUAAAGCGAUGUUUUGAAGAAGUGAGGGAACAACGACCGGAUUUUCAGGAAGUACCGAUAGUUGUUGCUGGAAAUAAAUUGGAUCUUGCAACAACGCGAAGAGAAGUACCGAUUGAAGAUGUAAGCGAAUGGUUAUAUUGCGAAUUGCCGAAACUUCGUGCCAAAAUAAUGGAAUGUUCGGCUAAAGAUGAUUAUAAUGUCAAAGAUAUCUUCCGAUGUUUCAUCACUUUAUCCAAAAUCGUUCCAAAAAAUCAUGUUGGCGAGUCAGAUGAAUCGGGACUCCGACGAAGAUGUUCCGCAUAUGGAUCGCGCAGAAGUGAUCGAGUCGGUAGAUCUGGCAGUCCACACGGUAGAACCGGAAGUGCCGGCUCUGUUGGCAAUUCUCAGCAAGUGGUCCCAGCACAAAGUACAAAUGUCGUCGCCAUCAAUGAGGAGGCGAAGAGCAAACCGCGCAGUCGUAGUUUAAUUCGACGCACCUCGCGAAAAACUAAACAACAAAUUAGAGACACUUACACGGAUGAUUGUAAUAUCUCUUAAUUAUUACAUAUACACACAUAUAUUCUCUUCUUCUCUCUCUAUAUAUGUAUUUGUUUAUCUAUUUUUAUUAUUUAUUUUAUUAAUCACUUGUUCUAUUUAUCUACCUCUUUUUCUUCUUACUCACAUUUUCACAUUUAAUUAUUUAACUCAUUAUCAUUAAUGAGUUAUCAAUAAUCGACAAAAUUCGUUAAAGAAAUGAUAUUACAAUGCUAUGAAUCAAUGAAUCAAUAUAUUCGAUGAUUCUUAGUUUUGACACAUUCAAUCGUAUUUUAUAAAAGAUAAUUUUUUAACAAUAACUUUUUCGAUAUAUUAGCACAUUAAAUAACGUGUGAAUAAUAUUAAUCUCAUAUAAAAAAUAGAAAAGUGUUGACGAAAAAUUUUACCAGGUCGUACGCGUUGAUAAUUAAAGAAAGGACCAAACAUUUCCAGUUUUGAUAACGUAUUUAUAAAAAAUACGAUUAAUGUUUUAUAUUUUCAUUUUAUUUAAUCAUUUUUUGGGAAAAAAUAUAAAGUGGACCAAUUAAAACUUGAUCGUCUUCUCUUUUUUCCAAUCUUCUUGUUAAUUCAUCAUUCCUAUCCAUUCUUGCUUUUUAUUUGUUUUUACUUUGGAUCUAUACUGAUCCAAUCCGUCCGUUUGUAUGUUAAUAUUUAUUCUUAAAACAUCUAACAAUUGUUCGUUUAUGCAAUUGUUUUGAAUACUAUAUUAUUGUGUGUGUGUGUGUGUGUGUACGCGCGCGCGCGCGCACGUUACAUCACUUAAAUGCGUAUAUAUAUAUAUAUACAUAUAAAAUAAACAUUUCAAUACUCAUAUCAAAUGAACUAUUUAAUGAUUUCGUUAUAACUUAUUGAUCAAGCAUAUGCAAAUUUUUUGCACUUGCUAAACAAUUCAACGAUUCAAUCGAAUCAUCAAAUA